AUGUACCAGUGGCGGAAAUUCGAGUUCUUCGAGGAGAAAUUGGCGGGAAAGUGCGCGAUUCCCGAGGAAGUAAGCGGCAAGAUCGAGUGCUGCUCCAGCGGCCGAGGGAAGGUGGUGAUCGGCUGCGACGACGGCUCCGUCAGCUUCCUCGACCGCAGCCUCCACUUCAGCUACGGCUUCCAAGCUCACUCCUCCGUUCUCUUCCUUCAGCAGCUCAAGCAAAGGAACUUUCUGGUGACGAUUGGAGACGAUGAGCAAAUCUCGUCGCAGCAAUCGAGGUGCUUGAAGGUGUUUGAUCUAGAUAGGAUACAGCCGGAAGGGACUAGCUCGACGAGCCCCGAUUGCAUUGGUAUCUUGAGGAUUUUUACUAACCAAUUUCCGGAAGCUAAGAUUACGUCGUUUUUAGUACUAGAGGAAGCGCCUCCGAUAUUGCUUAUAGCUAUUGGAUUAGAUAAUGGCUGCAUUUACUGCAUUAAAGGGGAUAUUGCACGGGAGCGUAUCACGCGGUUCAAGCUCCAGGUGAAUAAUGUUUCUGACAAGAGCCAGUGCGCGAUCACUGGAUUGGGAUUCAGAGUGGAUGGUCAAGCUCUUCAGUUGUUUGCUGUGACACCGUCUUCUGUGAGCUUGUUCAUCUUGCAGAAUCAGCCGUCAAGGGGGCAAACAUUGGAUCAGAUUGGAGGCAAUGUUAACAGUGUUGCCAUGAGUGAUCGCGGGGAGUUGAUAAUUGGUCGACCUGAGGCUGUGUAUUUUUAUGAAGUUGAUGGGCGUGGUCCUUGUUGGGCUUUUGAAGGAGAAAAGAAGUUUUUAGGGUGGUUCCGUGGAUAUCUUCUGUGCAUUAUUGAAGAUCAAAGAAGUGGUAACCACACUUUCAACAUAUAUGACCUGAAGAACCAUUUGAUUGCCCACAGCCUUGUGGUGAAAGAGGUUUCACACCUGCUCUGUGAAUGGGGUAACAUAAUACUUAUAAUGGCUGAUAAGUCCGCUUUGUGCAUCGGGGAGAAGGAUAUGGAGAGCAAGUUAGAUAUGCUUUUUAAGAAGAAUCUAUAUACAGUUGCCAUCAACCUUGUUCAGAGUCAGCAAGCUGAUGCUGCUGCAACUGCUGAAGUGCUGAGAAAGUAUGGUGAUCAUCUAUAUAGCAAGCAAGAUUAUGAUGAGGCAAUGGCGCAGUAUAUCCAUACCAUUGGUCACCUUGAGCCGUCUUAUGUUAUACAAAAGUUUCUAGAUGCACAACGAAUCUACAACCUUACUAAUUACUUGGAAAAAUUACACGAGAAGGGGCUUGCUUCUAAAGAUCAUACCACUCUUCUAUUGAACUGCUACACCAAAUUGAAAGAUGUUGACAAGCUAAACGUGUUCAUCAAAAGUGAGGAUGGUUUUGGGGAACAUAAGUUUGAUGUCGAGACGGCAAUACGGGUCUGCCGCGCUACCAACUACCAUGAACAUGCUAUGUAUGUCGCUAAGAAGGCAGGGAAGCAUGAGUGGUACUUGAAGAUCUUACUUGAAGACCUUGGCAGAUAUGAGGAAGCCUUGCAAUAUAUUUCAAGCCUUGAGCCAAGCCAAGCAGGAGUAACAGUCAAAGAGUAUGGUAAGAUUCUCAUAGAGCACAAGCCCGUGGAGACAAUUGAGAUACUUAUGAGGCUGUGCACCGAGGAUGGAGAAUCAGCCAAGAGAGGAGGUGCUAAUGGUGCAUACUUAACUAUGUUACCAUCUCCUGUUGAUUUCCUCAACAUCUUCAUCCAUCAUCUUCAGUCGCUUAUGGUUUUCCUUGAAAAGUAUACCAACAAGGUCAAAGACUCUCCUGCUCAAGUAGAAAUCCAUAACACACUCUUGGAGUUGUAUUUGUCAAAUGACUUGAACUUCCCAUUGAUGUCACAAGCUAGCAAUGGUGGUGAAAUUAGUGUUAGGUCUACUAGACCAGGAGCAGGGGCAAUGUCCAAUGGGAAGUUUGUUGCUGAUGGCAAAGACUUAACUCAGGAAAUGGACCGUAUGGAAAGGCAAGAGAAAGGGCUCAGGCUGCUUAAGAGUGCAUGGCCGUCUGAGCUGGAACAUCCGCUAUAUGAUGUUGAUCUUGCUAUAAUCCUCUGUGAAAUGAAUGACUUUAAGGAAGGGCUUCUCUAUAUAUAUGAGAAGAUGAAACUCUACAAAGAGGUGAUUUCUUGCUACAUGCAAGCCCAUGACCAUGAAGGUUUGAUUUCAUGCUGCAAACGAUUAGGGGAUUCAGGUAAGGGUGGGGACCCAACUCUUUGGGCAGAUCUGUUGAAAUAUUUUGGUGAACUUGGAGAAGAUUGUUCCAAAGAAGUGAAGGAAGUUUUGACUUAUAUAGAAAGGGAUGAUAUCUUGCCUCCUAUUAUUGUUCUUCAAACACUGUCCAAAAAUCCAUGCCUCACACUCUCUGUCAUUAAGGAUUACAUUGCUCGAAAGCUUGAACAAGAAUCAAAACUGAUUGAAGAGGACCGUCGAUCUAUUGAGAAGUAUCAGGAAGCAACAUUGACAAUGAGAAAAGAAAUUCAGGAUCUCAGGACAAAUGCAAGGAUCUUUCAGCUCAGCAAGUGCACCGCAUGUACUUUCACCCUUGAUCUCCCUGCUGUACAUUUUAUGUGUAUCCACUCAUUCCAUCAGCGUUGCCUCGGUGAUAAUGAGAAAGAAUGCCCUGUAUGUGCUCCUGAAUACAGAUCUGUUCUAGAAUUGAAAACAAGUUUAGAGCAAAACUCUAAAGAUCAGGAUCGGUUCUUCCAGCAAGUUAAAAGUUCAAAGGAUGGGUUUUCUGUAAUCGCUGAGUAUUUCGGGAAGGGGGUCAUUAGCAAAACCAGUAAUGGACCCACAGGUGCUUCUUCUUGACCAGCUGCAGCAGCUUAUGAGGUUAUGUUGACUGUUGUUUUGGUCUCUUCAACAGUUUUGUCCAUGCUCGAUGUGAGCUUGACAUUGUAGAGAUAUGGGAUGGAAUUGAGCAGACUUUCGGCUUCCCUCCUUUAGCAUUGGACAACCAGGCUUCAUUAUUCUUGCUUUGCUUCCCAAAGUUUUGGAGGUAGUUAUAUUUAUGUGUUCGUUUGCAGAUCAAAAUGAUAUGUCCUGAAACAGUUUUGUGGAUAUGCAUUAAUUCAGAGAAUAAACUGGAGUUUGUGAAAAGAGCAUUGUUUGAAGAUUUGAAGUGCAGUUGGCCACAUACAAUUGGGAAUCGUAAAUUUGUCGUAGGUUCUUAGAUUCUCACCUGUCAAAAUCAGUGUUUGGAAGAGAAGAUGAACCACAAUUACUGGGUAUUGUAACUUCUUGUUUUGUUUCAAUUUGCUGAGCAGAAAAGCUAGUUGAUUAACUUUCCUGCGUGUACGCACAUGAAUUCUAGAUUUCAAGCUGUUUAAUGACAAGAACGAUUGGUCCAGAUUGGAAGGUACGCUAUCUGUUUUAUGAAACCUGCUUGUGCAUGCUUGGAAUUCUCUUAGGGAAUCCUAAGCUUGUAAUGAUUUUCAAGCCUGACCUACUCCUUAGAAUGUUGCACUUGUCUAUAUACUUUGUGAGAAUUUAGAUCUAUAAACAAUCCUUUUUAAACAAAUUAUAUGUGGCUUGAG